CAAAAAACGUAGCCAUUUACCAAGGUAUUUGAUUCGAACUCUUCUUCUUCUUAUUCUUUGUCUCAAAUACAGUAAUGGCAGGAAACGCCAUUAAAAAACUUCAGAAACUGCCUCACGUGUUUGGCAAGGUUCUUGAAUUGCCGUUUCGGUCCGAUGCGGAUGUGGAGGUGGAAGAAAACCCGGAAUUCUUCCGUUUCGUGACCGAAAUCGGCGUGCACGGUGAUGUCAACAGCGCCAUUGACGUUGGUAAUGUGAGGGCUGAGGCAGUGGAGAUACAUCCUGGAGUGACGAAGAUUGUGGUGAGAAAUGGAGACAAAGGUGGCAAAGCGGAGUUGUUCUUGGAACAGCUGAAGGUGGACACGUGGAGGUUUAGGUUGCCUGCAUCGGCAAAGCCGGAGCUGGCUACGGCGGUGUUUGUGGACGGAGAGUUAGUCGUGACGGUACCAAAGGGUGGUAAUGGCCGUGGAGUUUACGGCGGAAGGGACAAUGUUUUGGUACGCAGGCUUGUUGUUGUCUAGUAGUGAGAGCUAAGUCCUCCGUCCGUUCCAUUUUUGUACUAUGUAUUUUAGUUUAACUAUGUACGAAAUUCAAGGGGCUUCAAGUAACGGUAAA